CCAGGGAACCGCCGGAACCCGACUUCCGUUCCUGGCAGCGGAGCACGAGGAUCCGGUGUUUCAACCUAGAGGGAAAAUGCGGCCUUUAACUGAGGAGGAGACCCGUGUAAUGUUUGAGAAGAUAGCCAAAUACAUCGGGGAGAAUCUUCAGCUGCUGGUCGACAGGCCCGAUGGCACCUACUGUUUCAGGCUGCACAACGACCGGGUGUACUACGUGAGUGAGAAGAUUUUGAAACUGGCCGCCAAUAUCUCCGGGGACAAGCUAGUAUCGCUGGGGACCUGCUUUGGAAAAUUCACUAAGACCCACAAGUUCCGUUUGCACAUUACAGCUCUGGAUUACCUUGCACCCUAUGCCAAGUAUAAAGUAUGGAUAAAGCCUGGAGCAGAGCAGUCCUUCCUCUAUGGAAACCAUGUAUUGAAAUCUGGUCUGGGUCGAAUUACUGAAAACACCUCUCAGUACCAGGGAGUGGUGGUAUACUCCAUGGCAGACAUCCCUUUGGGUUUUGGGGUAGCAGCAAAGUCUACACAAGACUGCAGAAAAGUAGACCCCAUGGCGAUUGUGGUAUUUCAUCAAGCAGACAUUGGGGAAUAUGUACGGCAUGAAGAGACAUUGACUUAAAAUGAAGUCAUCGCAAGAACUUAACAUCUGUGUUGAAGGGCCUAGCUUUGUUUCCUGUGUCUAUGCAGACGCCGCCAUCAUGCUGAGUUUUGUCAGCGCUGUGACCUCUACAGGGACUUCUUAGUUUAAUAUUCUCAUUAUCACUGACAGGUGCAGGCUGAUUCUUACUAUACAGAAGUGACUCAAAAGUGGGGUUUUAGAUCAUUUGUAUUUGUAACUAAAUAGAAUACUUUUAUAUUUGAAUCAGGGAGCUUCUUGUUCUGAGUAAUAGCUUCUAAAUUAUUGGAACUGAGGACAAGAAUAUAGUAUUAUUGUUAUCUGUGAUAACACUGUUUUCCAGACUAAUGGUAAGAACACAAUGGAUUUUCUUUGUUAUUUAUUAAUUCACAAAAGAUAUUGCUAUAUAAUACUUGGCCAUGUCUGAGGUUUUAGGUAUGAAUUUGGCUAAAAUAAUAAGUGCAAUUUAGUCAGCUGCUUUUCUAUACAGUAAGUGCUAUUUGGUAUGGAAGAAAAACUUGGAUUCAAAUCCUACUUCUGGGCUGGGGAUGUGGCUCAAGCGGUAGCGCGCUUGCCUGGCAUGCGUGCGGCC